AUGGAGACUGAAAUGAGUUUUUCUCAAUUGGCUCCUCCGGUCUUUGAUGGUGAAAAUUACCAACUGUGGGCAGUGAGAAUGGAGACUUACUUGGAGUCUUUAGAUCUUUGGGAGGCCGUGGAAGAGGAUUAUGAUGUUCAUCCGCUGCCUAACAAUCCCACGGUGGCCCAGAUCAAGAGUCACAAGGAAAAGAAAACCAGGAAAUCAAAGGCGAAAGCAACUUUGUUUGCUGGUGUGUCUGCAACAAUUUUCACGAGAGUUAUGGCUCUCAAAUCAGCAAAAGAAAUCUGGGAUUAUCUGAAGGGAGAAUAUACAAGAGAUGAAAGAAUACGAGGCAUGAAGGUGUUGAAUUUAAUAAGGGAAUUCGAGUUGCAAAAAAUGAAGGAAUCUGAGACUGUCAAAGAAUACUCAGAUCGGUUGCUUGGCAUUGUUAACAAGGCACAAGAGCAAAGGAGGCUUAUGAGGCAAGAUGGUAUGGUUGAAGAAGCCCUGGCAGCCAACCACAAAACUCAAAGCAAGGCUGUAAUUUGCAAAGGCAAAUAUCAAAAGCAUGAAGCAGAUGCCCAAGUCGCCAAUGAAGAAGAAGAAGAUCACUUGUUUGUGGCAACUAUUCUUUCAACCAAAAAAUCUGAUUUUUGGUUGAUUGACAGUGGUUGUAAAAACCACAUGACAUAUGACAGAAAUCUUUUCAAAGAGUUCACGUCUAUAGGAAAUAAGAAAGUCAGAAUUGGAAAUGGUGAUUAUAUUCUUGCUAAAGGAAAAGGAACUGUUGCAAUCCCAACAAAUUCAGGUACUAAAAAAAUUUCAGAUGUUCUUUAUGUUCCUGAUAUUGAUCAAAAUUUAUUAAGUGUUGGACAACUAAUGGAAAAAGGAUUUAAAGUAUCCUUUGAAGACAAAUAUUGUUUCAUUUAUGAUGCAACUGGACUUGAGAUUUUAAGGGUUAAAAUGAGAGGUAAAAAUUUCUCAUUUGAUCCAACCGAAGAUGAAGAAUGGAGCCAAAAGAAUCUACUAAGUGUAGAUAAUUCUCCAACUGAGGACAUAUGUGAAAAUAAGAAAAUUGACAAGUCUCAAGGCAAGAUGCAAAUGAAGCUGAAAAACGAGCCAACUUAUUUCAUUAACAAUCAUGAGAUGCAGCAAAAUACAAAAGUGAACUCGAUUCACUGCAAGUCCAAAGAUCAGUUGGCAGAUUUACGUACAAAGUCGCUUCCAGUAAAAGGUUUACAAGGGAAAAAUUCAGAAUUUGCAGCUUCAAAAGCAAGGAGGAGUGUUAGAAAUAUGCUUUAG